CUCUCUCCACAUUAGACCCAACAACAAAAGUCUCUCACUCUCUCUCUCUGUCCCCUCAAAAUCAAAAAUCACCACAAUACACUGCGCCCUUCUAACCUGCGCACCCUCCCCGUCGCUAUCCUGCGCACCACCUCCGUCCUCCUCCGCCGAAGCCACCAUGGGAAAAGGCGGCGCACUUAGCGAUGGAGUGAUCAAGAAGAUCGUCCUCUCGUACACCUACGUGGCGAUCUGGAUCUUCCUCAGCUUCACGGUCAUCGUCUACAACAAGUACAUCCUCGACAAGAAGAUGUACAAUUGGCCUUUUCCGAUCACACUCACCAUGAUCCACAUGGCCUUCUGCUCUUCCCUCGCCGUCCUCCUCAUCAAGGUCUUCAAGGUCGUCGAGCCAGUUUCAAUGUCUCGCGAGACCUACAUCAGAUCUGUGGUCCCGAUCGGGGCCUUGUACUCACUCUCCCUCUGGCUCUCUAAUUCCGCUUACAUCUACCUCUCCGUCUCCUUCAUCCAGAUGCUCAAAGCCCUAAUGCCCGUCGCCGUUUACUCAAUCGGUGUCCUCCUCAAGAAGGAAUCGUUUAAAUCGGAGACGAUGACCAACAUGCUCUCGAUCUCCUUCGGCGUCGCGAUUGCUGCCUAUGGUGAGGCUAAAUUCGACACCUGGGGAGUGAUGCUUCAGCUUGGAGCCGUCGCUUUCGAGGCAACAAGGUUGGUUCUUAUCCAGAUCUUGCUCACUUCUAAAGGAAUCAACCUUAAUCCCAUCACUUCACUGUAUUACGUUGCUCCCUGUUGUUUGGCUUUCCUGUUCUUCCCAUGGAUCUUUGUAGAACUCCCGAUUCUCAGGGAAACGUCGAGUUUCCACUUCGAUUUGAUGGUUUUCGGCACUAACUCUCUGUGUGCGUUUGCUUUGAACCUCGCCGUGUUCCUCCUCGUUGGGAAAACAUCGGCGUUAACCAUGAAUGUGGCUGGUGUGGUCAAGGACUGGCUCUUGAUUGCCUUCUCGUGGUCGGUGAUUAAAGACACGGUCACUCCGCUCAAUCUAUUCGGAUACGGGCUUGCGUUUUUGGGUGUUGCUUAUUACAAUCACUGCAAGCUGCAGGCUUUGAAGGCUAAGGAUGCUCAGAAGAAGGUUCAGCAGAGUGAUGAGGAAGCUGCUGGGAAGCUGUUGGAAGAGAGGGAAAGUGAAGGUGCUGGAAAACGUGAUGAAACCGAAGACUGAGUUUGAUGAUGAAAGGUUUGUGAAUCUGAUGAAUGUGUGAAAUUUCAGAGAGGAAUAAGAGCUGAUGGGAUUAGGAUGAUUUUGGUAGCUUUGGAGGGAAUUUUCAGCAGGAUUUUGCACAUCUUCGGAUCGGAUCACUACUUUGCUUCAUCUUUUUUUUUUGUUUUAGGUAUGAUCGUCUUCGUCUUCUCAUUCUUCUGUUUUUGAGUUUUAUUUACUUGAAGCCAUGGUUAAUUAAUAUUUACAUAGUAAUUUGAUGGUACAAUGUCUUAGUUUAUGUUUUAAAGUGUACCACACGAACCUUAUGGUCUAUGGAGUUUUCUUUUGUCUUCCUUAUGCAUCUACUAUGUUGGUAACAGUUGUUCAAGUAGUUUACUUUAUUUCCACUAA